AUGGGAAGCAGAAACUCGUACCAUGGUGUUAUUCAAUCGGUGUUACCGUUAACAAAUAUCGCUCUAUAUAAACGAUCAUACGGUACUGGCACAAGAGUAACAAUGAACCCAGACCCUUACAGGGGACCUUGGGGAGGAAAACACUGUCGUGAUUCAAUAAUACAAACAACUCGAAAUUGUGACUGUAGUGAAGGCACUUGUAAAGCAUCAGAUCGCUAUGUUGAGCAAUUGGAAGAUGUUUUAAAUUAUGAGGUGCACAAACAAAAAGUGGCAGCAAUAUUCAUCGAAUCAAUUCAAGGCUAUGGUGGAGUGGUGCAAUAUCCAAAAGAUUACGUAAAAAGAGCUUCAGAAUUAGUACAAAAGAAUGGUGGAUUAUAUGUUGCAGACGAAGUACAAACUGGUUUUGGCCGCACUGGCACUCAUUUUUGGGGAUAUCAAGCUCAUAAUAGCAAACCUGACAUUGUGGUAAUGGCAAAAUCAAUAGCAAAUGGAUUUCCAUUUGCUGCUGUUGUUACUCGUGCGGAUAUUGCUAAAUCUACCGGAACUUAUUUUAAUACCUACGGCGGCAAUCCAAUCGGAUGUGCUGUAGCAAGCGCUGUUCUCGAUGUUAUACGUGAUGAAAAAUUACAAGAAAAUUGUCAUAAAGUUGGCUCGUAUCUGUUGGAGCGCCUUGCAAAAUUACGAGAACAUAUUGACAUUAUAGGUGAUGUAAGAGGCAAAGGAUUAAUGAUUGGUAUGGAAAUGGUGACCGAUAAGGAUCCACGAAAACCUUAUCCUGUUGAUAAAAUGAAUGCGAUAUUAAAUACGUGUAAAGAAAAUGGUCUUUUAUUUGGUAAAGGCGGCAAUUUUGGCAAUAUAUUUCGUAUAAAACCGCCCAUGUGUAUUACUAAAGAAGACGCCGAUUUUGCUGUAGAUUUUAUUUCAUUUGCACACGAUUUUUCUUUUAUAAUAGUACAAUGUGGCACUGUAAAAAAUAACUUCUUCAAUGAGCAGGAGCUACCUGUUGUCGAUCAAUUAGACAAUGUAACCAGAACGUCGGCACUGCCGACGGUAAAGGGUUUAGGACUUGUUGCUUCAUUCAAUGAACAUCAACAAAUGGCUGAUGACAUAUUAAAAUUAUUUCAAAAUUUAAUUAACACUGAAACAACCGACGAUUUUCUAUUUGAUCAAAUUCAUUCACAAUUUACAUUUUCAGCUUUAAUUAUUUCCUGCUUAGCAUCGACAAUAUUACAAGUUUUUGUAGAUCCGAUAGAGUGUGUACAACCUGCUCAAUUUACCGGUGGUUACACAUCGUUUGCUCACACUCUGUGUUGGUUAAAUAAUACAUACUAUUAUCCUCAAACAGGUAAACAGAUACCGAUUGAUACUACCGAACGUCAAAAACAUCGACUUCAUUAUUAUCAAUGGUUACCGUUUAUAUUUUUAUUUCAAGCCUUUUUUUUUAUGGUACCACGUUUAAUUUGGUUAUCCUUUAAUAAUCGUAACGGUUUAAAUCCGAGUUCGUUAGUUUUACAAGGACGUAAAUACGACAAGAAUGCAAAAAUUUCAAAUUUUAUUUCAAAAGAAAUUGAACGCUAUUUAAUGUGUCGACGUUUAGCACAAUAUAAAAGAAAAUUACAGUAUCGUUAUAGUGAAUAUUUAACCAGUAAAGGUGAUGAACAACGGGAAGAUGAUCUAUCGACCAUAGAAACAUUUUUACCGAAAGUAUCAUUAGUGACACGUUCACGAAAUGCUUAUCUUGUGACUUUAUAUUUAUUUAUUAAAAUUUUGUAUAUUCUUAAUAUUAUUCUUCAAACCUUUCUAUUAGAUCGUCUAUUAUCAACCGGAAAAUAUGGUUUUAUCCGUUUUGGCUAUGAUAUGAUCAAAUAUUUAUUUCAUUAUAAAAGAUAUACGUAUAAAACAAUACUAUCCUAUAAACAAUUGUUUCCGUUUCUAACAUUGUGUGAUUUUAACGUUAGAGAAUUAGGACAAGAUCAUUCAUAUACGAUUGAAAUUCCCUAUACACUACACAGUGGGCAUGCAGGCGGACAUUUGGAGAAAAAUCGAAAUAUAAUUAAUUUUAUUUAUACAAUUUACAAUUAUCUCAUCAUUUUUGGACGUUAUUCUUAUGUUAAAAAAAUAUUACGUUUGGCUAUAGCCAAACAGCAAACUUCGUUACUAUCUUUUGAAUCAAAAGACAACGCUGAGGAUGAUAAUGAUCCAACAACAGAUAUUGAUUUAAUUUCAGAUGUGUAUUCAAAUAAGCAACGUUUGAGAAAUUUUGUACAUUGGCUGCAACCAGAUGGUGUAUUUUUGUUACAUUUAUUAAAUUCUCAUGUAAACGAACUAGUGGUUAUCAGUUCUCUGGGCGAAUUAGUAGAAAUAUGGGCUAAGAAAUAUGAAAAUCCAACGAAUUUAGCACAACAUUUAAUGAAAAAUGAUUUUAGUUAUUUAUAG